AUGGCCUUGCUGAGAACACGCGAACAAGGGACGUGUGUGGCACGCAAAACCUUCUUGGUGAGACUUCGGAUUUCUCCAUUUUACCUCGCUGCCCCAAAAUCUCCAUUUUCUCCGACCUCCGUCUGCUCGGAUAAUCGCCGGAGACCAAAAAUGUUCGCUCGCCUCUCUGCACAACGCCUGAACGAGAUCCGCACGGCCUUCCGUCGAACUCCUCAGGCAUCGCGAUCUUUUUCGACUGCACUCAACUAUCACAUUGAUUCGCCGGACAACAAUCCAGACCUUCCUUGGGAGUUUAACGAUACAAACAAGGAAAAGGUGAAGGAGAUAUUGUCUUUCUAUCCAUCCAACUAUAAGCAAUCUGCAGUGAUUCCUUUGCUGGAUCUUGCACAGCAGCAAAAUGGAGGGUGGCUUCCUGUUUCGGCGAUGAAUGCAGUGGCUAAGGUUAUUGAAGUCGCCCCAAUUCGUGUAUUUGAGGUAGCAACCUUCUACACGAUGUUCAACAGGACAAAAGUUGGCAAAUACCACCUUUUGGUUUGUGGCACAACACCUUGUAUGAUCCGUGGUUCAAGAGGUAUCGAAGAGGCUAUACUGAAGCACCUGGGAGUAAAGCGCAAUGAAGUAACCAAGGAUGGCUUAUUUUCUGUUGGUGAAAUGGAAUGCAUGGGGUGCUGUGUAAAUGCUCCAAUGAUGACGGUGGCCGACUAUUCCAAUGGAUCUGAAGGAUAUAAAUACAAUUAUUAUGAGGAUCUGACUCCAAAGAGAGCUGUAGAGAUUGUCGAGGCAUUCAGGAAAGGUGAAAAACCACAGCGUGGCACUCAAAACCCAGGUCGUAUCAAUUGUGGACCGGAAGGAGGAAACACUACAUUAUUAGGUGAACCUAAGGCUCCUCCUUGCCGGGAUUUAGAUGCUUGCUCUGCUGAAUAGAUUUUUGUUGUUGUGUUCUUAAUAAUACAAAACAGUGGAUGGGGAGAGGCAUCCCAGGUCAUUUGCAGUAAUUUACUGACUGCACUGAAGUUUAAUUGUCUCCUGCCUGUUAGUAUGGUUACAGGUGUCGAUUUUUGUUUAUGGUAAUCCAUUCUUAAAUCGUACCUGAUCUGUUGAAGGUUCUUGUUUUGGAUCAGAAUGUCAUAUUUUGCCGAAAGAUUGCUUUGAUACAGAUUUGUUAGUGUGUACAAUUAAUAAGAAUGAAUUGACAAAUCAGUUGCUUGCAGGUUCAA